CUCUCUCUCUCUCUCUCACACACACACACCCACACACACACACACCUUAUCUUAAGCAACAGCCAAAGCCACCUUAUACUCCUGGUAUAAAGCUGAGUUUUCUUAUCUACACACAACAUUUUAAUGGCUUCCACUGCACAAUUUCUCCAUCAUCCUAUAAACCUCAUCAUACCUCGCCCAAAUCAAAUACCUCAUAAUAAUCAAUCAUUACACGUUAUUACUAAUCACCGCAUUUUACGCCUAAGCCACUUGACACUCAAAUGCACCUCCAGUGCCACUAAACCCGAACCCGAGUUUCCAAAUCCAGGCCCGAAGAUCACAGCCAUCCCGGAAAACUUCCCCAUCGAAAGACGGAGAAAAUCCGAGAUAAUCCGCGACAGAAAAUCAAGAACGGGCCUCGUAAAGCCCGAACCGCCAAAUUUAGAGAUAGGGUGGAAGAGAACAAAGCCUAUUCCAUUGGAGCAGCCGAAAGGGUACGUGAUUAUGGAUUUCUUGGAGAAGCUGGUGGAGCUGAUGGAGAGGGAGUUUGGCUCAGCUGAGCUGCUGGCUAAAGCCGGAGAAAUAGUGGCUGAGAGAGCCAGAGAGGAAGCUGAAGUGCUGAGAGAUGAAGGGAAAGUUGACGACAGAAUGGUGACGGAAUUGUCGAGAGUUUUGAAGCUGAUGGAAAUGGAUUUGGCUAUGGUUAAAGCUGCUGUUAAAGACGAGACUUUGAGUGAGAGGCUGAAACAGGCUAAGGUCAGAUGCAGACAGGCAAUUCUUGUUGCUAGUUCGUUUUAAACGGAGUGUUGGAAAUCGGAACUUUCAAAAUUCGAAAUGAAAAAUAUUGUUCCAAAAUCCAAAAAAAGAAAUUGGAUCGAAAUUUGCGAAUUCGGAAAAUUUUGUUGCGAUUUUCACUCCUGCCAUCAUACUCAUUAUCGAAUUGAAGACGAAAGGGAGAAUUCUUGAAAUAAAUAAUUUCCAUUAAAGAUGAAUAAAUAUCCAGGUUACAUGUUUAAAAUACACCAAGAUAUUUGUUUU